GUAGACCUCUUCGCGAUUUUGUUUGCAGUUGAUUAAUUUUCUAUAAUUAAAUUAAAAAAGAAACACUUAAUCAACAUCAUGGCCACAUUAGAGGAUAAAUUACUAGGUGAAAAACUGGAGUACUACUGCAGCAGCAGUGAGGGUGAAGACAAUGGAGACGAUGGCGACGGUGAGCAAGGCGCUCGUGGCUCUGGCAGAGGAGCUGCAGCGGGCUCCGGAUUGACAAUCAACACAGAUCCUAACGCAGCGCCCCCGGGUGGUUUUCGCCAGCAAGGCUCAACCAAUACAGGACCUAAGGGCGUUGUGCAGGACUGGCAGCGUUUCAAACAACUCGAAGCAGAGCGGCGCGAAGAAACGGAACGCCAACGAUUGGCGCUGGCCAAAAAGCUUAGCAUGACGACUGCAACAGCCGCCGAGGAUGAGGAGCGCAAACGGCAAGAGGAACUGGAUGCCGAGUUUGCGGAAUUGAUGAGCGAAGAUUUUCUGCAGCAAUAUCAAAAGCAGCGUAUGGCCGAAAUGCUGCGCCAAACAGGACACCAUCAGCAAUUCGGCAAGGUGCUUCAGCUGGCCACGCACGGGGAAUUUCUGUCUUGUGUGGAACAGGAAAAUAAGCACACAACCAUUAUUAUACACAUUUAUGAUCGCACCCAAUCAGCCUGCACCACGCUCAACAACUGCCUGGACACGCUGGCCAGCGAGUAUCCGUCCAUUAAGUUUGCCAAGAUCUGCAGCUCCGUGGCGGGCAUGAGCCGCGACUUCCGCACCAAAGGAUUGCCCGCCUUAUUGGUGUACAAGGCACAGGCGCUAAUUGGCAACUUUGUGCGAUUAACUGACGAUUUGAGUGACGACUUCUUCGCCUCCGAUGUGGAAAGCUUUCUCAUCGAGCAUGGCAUUAUAGUAGAUAAAGCCUUGUACAACUAAUCUGAGCUUGUGAAUUAUAUAUUAUAGAUUAAGCUAAAGAGAGCUGACCAAAUAAUGUGUUCGAAAAUUUCGCAUUUAAGCCAAUCGCCCUUUAAUUUUCAGUUCAGUUAAGUUAAGUUUGUUUGGGUCUCAAAUGUUUGAAUUUAGUUAUUU